AUGUCCAUGCCCUUCCGCGUUGUGUCAGUGUCUGUGUAUGUGUCUGUCUCCGUCGCUGUCUCUGUGAUUGUGUAUGAGUCUGUAAUCGACACCAUCAAGAAGUACUCUACUGAGAUCUUCGCAGAUCUGGACAUCAACAUCAUUCACAAAGAAUGGCGCAACCGAGAAGCAUCGUGCUUGGCCAUGUCUGAUCUGAUCAGCACUCUGCAGACCGAUCUAACGAACGACCAAUUUGAACAGACCUGGCUGCUGUGCGUGCGUGUGCUGGACGAUAUCAAGGUACU